AUGUCCAAAAACUGCCAAACCUCAUCCGAUAAUUCUUAAGUGAACACUAAUCAAAAUCUCACCUAUGAGAAUGAAUCUGCCGCAGAUAAACCUAGUAAUGAUGAAGCUGGUUUGAUUCACAAUGUAGAUAGUAUCAUAGGGAAUUAAAUAGGAAUAUAAUAGUCUAUAAAUGAAGAUUAUAGUAAUCAAAUCAAUAAGCAUCAUCUUCAUCACGAGGAAAUGAAGGUUAAUUCAGAAGAAAUAUAGUAUGACUCAUGCUAGGAUAGUUAUCUUAAUACAGAGCAUGAUCAAAGCCAAAGCAAGAUGGACUUAGUAACGGCAAACUCUUAUCAGAAUCACAAUGAUAGACCGUUGAAUCCUGAGGAAAAAGAUUUAUUAAAGUAUUUGAUAGUCCGAUUAACCCCUGAACAAUAGAGAGGGAUAAUAGAUCUUAUUAAAGAUACCAUUAACAAAAAUGCCGAUGAAGUAUUUGAGUUUGAGCUUGAUUAAUUGCCUAUCAGAAAAUGCAGAGAGCUUGAUGCCUAUGUUAAGAGUUGCAAUAAGAUAAAUUAAGAAAAAUAGCAAAUUUAACCAUCCCAACAAUAUCAAAAUCCUCUAAUGGGGGGAUCCAGCCAAACUUUGAUGCAGAAAUAGGUAAUGCCAAUACAACAUUAUAUGAAUGAAUAGCCUUAAUAAAUGCCAUUUUAGUAGCAAAUGCAUUAGAUUGGUUAGACCGAAGAAUAAGUCAUUAGUCAACCAAUGAUCUAGUAGUUACCAGGUCAGACAGAAUACAAGGCAAUGGAAGUUUAUCAAUAAGCUGCUCCUACAAACCAAAAUUUCUCAUAUGAAAAAGAUGAAAAUUCUUCUCAAGAAAAUUGUUCUGAUUAAGAUAGUGAUGAUUGA